AUGAGCUACGGCGAAUACCCCGAACUUGACGCCUAUCAACAGCGCUGGAACACAUCCGACUCGCAUUCCACUCCCACUUCCCUUUUCCUGGGCACUAUCAUAGGUGCAUACUUUCUCCUCAGAGCUCUCGACUAUCUCGGCUUUCCCAUCGGUUUCUACGUACGCCGGUUUCUCAGGAUGGCGACCAACGUUUUGCGCUCACGUGCGUCUUCGAUCGGCUCCGCGUCUGGAUCGGAAUCCGACGAUGCUGCGGCGCAGAGUGGAGGCAUGUUUGGUAGCCUCUUUGGAAUGAGUCCCGGCAACCUGCUCUCAAAGGGCGUCAGAGGCGUCGCGAGCGCUCUUUCCAUGGGUUCCGGUGAUGUUCCGCCUGGCUUGGGAAACAUCAGCAACUCUUGCUACCAGAACAGCGUCAUCCAAGGCCUUGCCUCGCUUCCUUCGCUGCGCGACCAUCUCGCCAAAACCACAUCCGAGCAUCCUUCGCUCUCGCCUGAAAGCACCAACGGCGCGCUGUUCGAGAUAAUAACAAAGCUCAACGACCCAGAGAACAAGGGGCAGCAUUUUUGGAUACGCGGCAAGCUCAAGUCGAUGAGUACCUUUGAGCAGCAAGAUGCACAGGAGUAUUAUAGCAAGAUAUUGGAUGCGCUAGAUGAAGAGGUCAAGAAGACCGCGAGCAGUAAGAGGCGAUCCUCGGUCUCCUGGCUGGAAGUCACAAAGAUUCUCAGUGACUCACCAAACGCAGAUGAAAAGACGCAAGAAGGAGAGAAAGGUGAUUCAGAGAAGCCAGCCGUACAGGCCCCAGCAAACCCUCUUGAGGGCCGCCUCGCACAACGCGUCGGCUGUACAUCCUGCGGCUACUCGGAAGGUCUCACACUUAUCCCGUUCAACUGCAUCACCGUUUCCCUGGGAAAGAAUCACGGCUACGACAUUCGCGAAUGUCUUGACGAAUAUACGAACUUGGAGUUCAUCGACGGUGUCGAGUGCGCAAAGUGCACAUUACUUAAACUACAGAAGACCCUAACUCCUCUUGUUUCUAAAAAGCCCGAAUCGCCAUUGAAGGCCAGACUCGACGCUGUGCAGGAGGCUUUGGAAAAGGAGGACUUUGAAGAUAAAACGCUCCUAAAGACUCUGAAUGUGCCCAAGAAGAACUGGGUACAGAGUACUAAAUCGAAACAGGCAGUUGUCGCGCGAGCACCCCAGGCAUUGGUACUUCAUGUCAACCGUAGUAGUUUCAAUGAGUACACUGGUAUGCCGUUCAAGAAUACUGCUGGUGUCUCAUACCCGAGUGUCCUGGACCUGGGCAAUUGGUGCCUGGGCGGUGCUCCGGCUGGCUCUGAAAAGCCUGCCAUGUCUGAAGAAGAGUGGCCAAAAGAUCCUAGGGAAUCCAUGCUACCAAGGGGCAAGCCCAUGUUCGAUUCCCCUUUCCAAUACCGGUUGCGGGCUGCUGUCACACACUACGGGUCACAUGGUAACGGACAUUAUGUGUGCUACCGGUCACACCCAAAGACUGUCUCCAAGCCGAGCGAUAAUGAGGAGGCUGAUGCCUCAUCGACAGAUGGCAAGGAUAUCGAGGAUGAAAAGGAACAGGAAGAGACACAGGAAGAAGCUGUCACAUCCCCGUCGGAACAGUGGUGGCGCUUCAGUGAUGACAGUGUCUACCCUGUCUCUGAAGAAGAGGCUCAUCAAGGAAAUGUCUUCAUGCUCUUCUACGAACGCAUUGAUGAAUCAACGCCCGUACCAUCUCAUUCCGCCACAGACAACGUCACAGUUGCAGAAGAUGCUCCCUUACCACCAGUCGAUGUGGCAGCAUACGCACAAGCCUCUCCAAACGUAGAAGCUACUACCAUUGCUCUCCCAAGCGACGACGACGACGAUCUUCUCUCGAUCAAGUUAGCCACCAAACCGCAACCGCCUCAACUCUCCAUACCCACCACACAAGCACCAACAGACGAGACACCUUGCUCCCCAUCC